GACCUGCUAUUUACCGCAUGUCUAUUCCACGAUAUGGGCACUACGCAAGAAUGCAAUGGGCCACAGCGCUUCGAGGUCGAAGGAGCCGAUGCAGCAGUCAAGCAUCUCUCCAGCGUUGGCGUCAGCGAAGCGGAUGCGCAUGGCGUUUGGACGGCCAUUGCAUGCCACACAUCUCCCGGCAUCGCGGAACGCAUAGGCGAACUCUCCAGACUCGUGCGAAUUGCUGUAAUCACGGACUUUGGAAGAAAGAGCGCGGAAUGGGAGGUGCUCCAGCCAAUGAGGGAGAAGUUAGAGGCGCAGCACGGGCGGGCAGAGAUCGAAAAGGUGCUUGGCGACGCAGUUGUCGAACAGGCAAAGCGAAAUCCCGAGAAGGCGCCCAAGGUCUCGUGGCCUCAUGCCAUGUACACGGCGUGGCUUGCGGAGCCGGAAUGGAAUGGUGUAAACAAGUCG